AUGGAAAAAACCAAUAAUACUACUAAUACUACUGUAGUUAUAGUUGGUGCAGGCCCUGCUGGUCUAGCCACAUCAGCAUGUCUCAAUCGCCUAUCGAUCUCUAACAUUGUGCUCGAAAGAGAGGAUUGUUAUGCUUCGUUAUGGAAAAAAAGGGCGUAUGAUCGGCUCAAAUUACACCUCGGUAAGCAAUUUUGCGAGCUUCCUCACAUGGAAUACCCUCCAGACACGCCUACAUUCGUACCGAGGGCGACUUUUGUUAGUUAUUUGGAUAACUAUGUGACUCAAUUUAAAAUUGAUCCGAGGUAUAAUCGAUCUGUUCAGCGUGCGUUUUAUGAUGACGAGAGUGAAAAUUGGCGGGUUGAAGUGAAAGAAAAUUGUUUCGAUUUGUGUGAGAUUUAUCUUGCUAAGCAUCUUGUGGUUGCUAGUGGUGAAAAUAGUGAAGGGUUCAUUCCUAAAGUUGUUGGAUUAGAUAUUUUUGAUGGUGAGUUCAUUCAUUCAAGUAAGUAUGUUAAUGGAAAACAGUUUUGUGGCAAAGAUGUUUUGGUUGUUGGUUGUGGAAAUUCCGGAAUGGAAAUCGCUUAUGAUUUGUCGAACUCCGGCGCUCGUACUUCCAUCAUCGCUCGCAGUCCGGUUCAUGUUGUUACCAAGGAGAUGGUGUUUUUAGGCAUGAAUUUGUUAAAAUUCUUUCCUUGCAACUUAGUUGAUCCAUUGAUGGUGAUGUUAUGCAAAUUAAAAUAUGGGGAAUUGUCUAAAUAUGGACUCAAAAGACCGACUGAGGGACCAUUUUAUCUUAAAGCCAUAACUGGUAGAUCUCCUACUAUUGAUGUUGGUGCUAUUGAGAAGAUCAAAAGAGGAGAAAUUAAGGUAUUUCCUUCAAUAACAAACAUUAAAGGAAAUCAAAUCGAGUUUGCAAAUGAGAGAAUCAAUAAAUUCGACGCUAUAAUCUUUGCCACAGGAUACAAAAGUACCGUGAAAGACUGGCUUGAGGACGAAAAUGACCUAUUCAACAAGAAUGGAAUGCCUAAAAGAAAUUUUCCCAACCACUGGAAAGGAAAAAAUGGCUUAUAUUGUGCUGGGUUUGCCAUGAGAGGAUUGCUCGGAAUAUCUACUGAUGCACAGAACAUUGCCAAAGACAUCAGUCUGUCACUGAAUCUGCAGAACUAUAUAAACUGAUAAAAUUUUGUAGACCAU